CUCCAUUUCCGCAUUACUUCUAAGCGUUCCUAUGGAUCGGGGGAUCUGCUGUUAAAAAUUCUCGACCAUUUCGGCUUUUAGAUAAUGAUUUUAUUAUUCCGCGGAUUCAGAAGUUGUUAGGCUGGUCCGGCUAGUUAUCAAGCUAGUGCUGCGGGCUUUGGGUUUUUGCUCAAUAAAACCAUGGCGGAGGGGAACGACGGAGACAGGAUGGACAAAAACGAGCCGAGGGGGGCAAGAGCGGGUGAAGAUGUCAUGGACGACGCAAUCAUUCAGCAAGGUGCAGUUCUGCUUCGGGGGUAUGUUAUUGAGAGAAUUCAUGUUGAGGAUCCAGGCAUGCGUGUGGGCCAUGAGGAUCUAGGAGGAAGACCUCAGGAUGCAGAUGAUCCUCAAAUCAAAGAUGUUGUAGAUCAGCUUUUGAAAAUAGCUGAUGACCUUAACAAGAAUGCAGAGCUUCAACAUCUUAUCAACACUGUGCAAGCUAACUGCGCUCAGGAUGUCUUCAUGACGGUGGCCAGGAGCAUCUUUGAAGAUGGCAUUAACUGGGGACGUGUGGUGGCUCUAUUUCACCUUGCAUAUAGACUUAUCUACAAGGCACUGACUCAGAACCACUUUGAAACUAUCAGGACAAUCAUUAGAUGGUUUUUACAGUUUAUCAAGGAAAACAUUUCUGUCUGGAUCAGAGCGCAAGGAGGAUGGGAGGGCGUUGUUCGUAGCGUGUCCAGAUGGCGCAAUGUGUCCUGCAUCGCUGCCGUGGCAUUCAUCGUAGCCGUAGUUUACUGGAGACGAAGUCGCUAAGAUACAAGGCAAAAGUGAUGUCAGAUUCCCAAUUCCCAUACGUGUUGAAACUCAAUAGCAAUACACUGUCUAAUUCAUGCAAUACAUGGACCAAUCAUCCGUCAUGUGGACCAAUCAUCCGUCAUGUGGACCAAUCAUCCGUCAUGUGGACCAAUCAUCUGUCAUGUGGACCAAUCAUGCGUCAUAUCUUUCUGUGUAAAUGAACGUUUAUAGGUGAUGCACUCUGUUUUGUUUUUCUAUGUAACAUUUCUCUAUCAAUGUGUUUGUAUUUCUGUGAAAUUAAGCGACAAACAUAUUUUGCCUUGAUUUAUUUAUGUGUAGCUUAUCUCAAGGAUUUUUAACGCACUGCACCAUUUCUCCAUCAGUGCCUUUUAGUAGACAGAGUUUUGUAAUAAUCAUUUUUUUAAUGUGCCACAUCAGACACCAGCCCUACCUCGAAACAGCUAAAUAUAUGAAACCAAAUGUUUACCUUGAAUUUUUUUUAAAGGAUGUCGUUUGAAAUACUGAGAAAGGGCAUAAGUAAAAAAUAUAUACAAAAUAUUUGACCUAUUUUAACUUUAACCUCAAAGCACAUAAAAGGGAAUACAUGUGUUGUGUAUUGUAGUGAAAAUUAACAAUUUUAACACACAACUCUUGAAAUAAAUAAGAUGAAUUAUC